CUCUGAGACUCUUGAGGCUCAGCCAAGAUGGGCAAGACGAGAGGCGUCCACGAGACGACUCCCGAAUUGAGGAAUCGGAUGGUGGGAAUGUACGAGGCUGGUCUGGGUCUGCGAGAGAUUGCCGCAGCGAUUAAUUGCUCGCAACGUACAGUGAAGAGAUGGUUGAAUAGAUUUGACAAGGAAGGCACAGUGGAGACAAGGGAGCGGUGCGGUCGCAAAAGAGCAACUACUGUAGAGCAGGAUGAAGCAAUUGUUCGUUUAGCUACUCAAACACCCAUAACUGCGGCGAAAGCAGUGCUUCCAGCAUUAGGUCUCACCUGUUCUGUAGAUACUGUAAGAGAAAGACUACAUAAAGCUGGAAUUCACAAUUGGAGUCCUUCUCGCAAAUAUAUGCAAAGGAUUCCAUUGGGUGAAGCGGAUGGUGCAGCGAUUCAGCAAGCGGUAUGGCGACCAACCGGCACCCAAUUGGGCAAGAAGAAAACUUCCAAAGAUUCGAGCAAGUCCGAGAAAAAUGGUACCACUAAAAAGAAGAAUCCAUCGAAAAAGAUCAAAUAUCUAGAGGUAUUCGUUGACAACGGUGCACUAUCCGAAUCUCUGAAACAAAACCAAAAUACCGAGCAGCAACCGCAGCAGCAACAAGAACAGGAAUUCGUAUUUCCUCAACAAAAUCUUCCACCACCACCUCCCGCACCUCAAGCCACCGAAAUGCAACCUUCUGCGCAACCUUUAUCAACGAGCCAGACGGAGUUUGGUAACGCUUUGGGUCUGGCGCAACAAUCGCAAUCCAUCUAUCAACAUCCGGGAUUGAAUAUGGUACAAAAUUGGCCAUUAGAUUUAGUACAAGGCAGUCAUCAUUAUCCACAGGGACAGCCGAUAUCACAUGAGCACUCUUUGCCACAGCAGCAGCAACUGCAAGAGCUGCACACGCAGCAGGAACAGCAACAACAUCAUGCGCAACAAGCUCAGCAGCAUGUGCAAGAACAAUCGCGAUUGCAAGAUCAAUCGCAUCAGCAGAAUAUUCAGAAUACUCAUCAUCAUAAUCUUGAUCAGCAGCAACUGCCAGUGGAGCAUCAGAUUCAACAGCAAAGCUUGCACUCUGGUAUAUCUAGUCCAGAGCAGACAAAUGUGAACAUAGCAUCCGAUAGUUCUUGUAGUUCCAACGAGAAUAGUCAAUCGUCUUGCGAGCCCCAACGAAACAAGGAAUCGUCGAGGAAAAGUAAUGGAAAGUCGGAAUCGGAACGGCAAAAAGAGAAGAAAAAGGGUGGCAAAGCGAAAGGAACAUUGGAAACUAGCGUGGAAAUCAGAAAUCGAAUGAUUGGAAUGUCUGAAGCUGGAUUAUCGACUCUGUCCAUUGCCCUGGCGAUCGAUAGAUCGGAACGUACUGUUAAAAGAUGGUUAGAACGUUGGCAUAAGGAAGGCAAUGUGCAAACCAAGGAACGAAAGGGCCGACGUCGGAUCACUACCAAGGAACAAGAUGAGGCCAUUGUCGCGAUGGCGACUCAGCAUCCUCUUACCGCCGCUAAAUACGUAGCGCCUGCGCUAGGUCUAAAAUGCAGCGUGGAUACAAUUAGAGAAAGACUUCAUAAAGCUGGGAUACACAGCUGGAAGUUAGGCAAAAAGCAAGGAGAAGGAAAUGCAGUCCACACUGUUCAUUUGUGGCAACCGAGUGGUAAUCGUCCUAACAAACCGAAAAUGCCCGGAGAAAAGAAAAAGAAGGGUAAUAAAAGACGUGAUCAGAUAACGAACAGCAGUCAGAAACGCGUCGUGCGGAAGAAGAAAAACGACGAACCAUCGACAUCAAAACCGGCUCUGCCUCCAACGAACAUAAUACCGGAACAGACUGUGCUACCGUUCCACAAUCCUGGAAACAUGACGAAUUACGCUUCAGCCCCUAAUGUAAUGACAACGGUGCAUAAUAUUAGUACAUUGCCACAACUACCUCCGCCACCACCACCACCACCACCACCACCACCGCCACCGGUGCCGCAACCGAUGCAGCAGCAGCCGAUAGGUCCAAUAAUGCCGCAGAGACCGGACUGUAGGCUAGCACCGACUAUAAUUCCGCCCGUAUCGAGCAAUUCCGGUGUCGCCUAUCCAUCGUGCAUGGUCGGUGGUAACGGUCACAUGGAACAAACGGAUCCUCUAAAUUACGAGCCGUACAUUUGGAGUUUUUAAAU